AUGAGCGAGGAAUACGAAAGCGUUGCAUUGGUUAAACCAGAAAUUUUCGUGUACAGAAUUCCACCCCUGGGAACGAAUAGGGGUCAUAAAGCAGCAGAUUGGAAAUUGGAUGCACCUGAUUGGACUGGACGUAUGAGAUUGGUCACAAUUGGCAAACGGCUUGAACUACGACUGGAAGACAAAACGACAGGCAUUCAUGGGUUCCACUCAGGUGUUCUAUACGCUAAGUGUCCCAUUGAUGCUUUUCCGAGCGUAUGUAUUGAACCAGUCAUCGACUCUUCGCGAUAUUUUGUUAUACGGCUAAUGAAUGACGCGGGACAAGUAGCAUUCGUUGGUUGCGGUUUCGCUGAUCGAGGAGAUUCAUUUGAUCUUAAUGUUGCUCUGCAGGAUCAUUUCAAAUACCUUGAAAAGUCUGCCGAGCUCGAACAACAAAUAAAUGAUCCUCAGCCAAGUCUUGAUUUGGCUUUCAAAGAGGGUCAAACAAUUUCUAUUAAUAUUGGUAAGAAAGGUCCGGACGGUCAGCCAUUGCCCGCUCGGUCACGACCGCGACCUGCUCCAGUGGGCGGCAGUGUGCCUCUACUACCUCCACCUCCAGGAGGUUCCGCGGCAAUGUAUCCUGUAGCCGAUGCUCGUGCAUCAUUUUCACAGUUUCCACAGCCAUCUGGUGAACCAAACCCGGCUGCUGUACGGCGCCUCCAACGGGACUUUGAAAAACUUAACAGUGAACCAAUUGACGGAAUCGUAGCAGUUCCUGAUGAUGCCAAUAUUCUGGUAUGGCAUUAUGUGAUUAAAGGAUCACCUGAUACUCCGUAUGAAGGUGGCUAUUACUACGGAAAGAUAUUAUUUCAGCCAGAUUUCCCUUGGAAACCUCCAGCGAUAUGUAUGUUAACUCCUAAUGGAAGGUUCCACACAAAUACUCGACUGUGCCUGUCAAUUUCUGACUAUCAUCCUGAGACUUGGAAUCCGGGCUGGACUGUAUCAUCAAUUCUGGUUGGCCUUCAAAGCUUUAUGAAUGAAGAAUCUCCAGCAGCUGGAGUGAUCAACGAACCUCUUGCCAUGCGGCGUAAGUAUGCUGCAGAAAGCAGGGCAUGGAAUCUUGCGUGCCCUGGUUUCAAGGAAAAUUUUCCUUCCCUGAUGGAUGAGCAGGAUAUUGUCACGGCGAAGGCAUCGGCGUCAUCACCUAACUUCAACAGUUCGAAUUCCGAUGGAUUCAACAGUAGCCGGGAUAAAACGGCAAUUCCUCAUGCUCUCAAACCUCUUCGAAUGCCUGAGCGUAACGUUACAGAUACAGUAAUGGUUGUGGCAUCGGUUACCGCUACAGCUCGAUUAAAGAAGGACUAUGCGAGAUUACUGAAGGAACCGGUGCCAUACGUACGAGCAGCACCAUUACAGGAGAAUAUCCUUGAAUGGCACUAUAUAAUCUAUGGUGCGCCGAAUACACCAUAUGACGGAGGUGUCUAUCACGGAAAAUUAGUCUUUCCAAGCGACUUUCCCUUCAAGCCGCCUUCAAUUUAUAUGAUAACGCCAAGUGGUCGGUUUCAAGUGAACACCAGGCUAUGUUUAUCGAUCUCCGACUUUCAUCCAGACACAUGGAAUCCGGCAUGGACGGUGUCGACGAUCAUCACUGGUCUUUUAUCUUUUAUGAACGACACGGCACCCACAUUAGGUAGCAUUACAUCAUCUGAAGCAGAGAAAAAGAUACUUGCUCGACGUAGUAAGGCUUUUAACUUAAAGGAUCGAGUGUUUUGUGAACUUUUCCCUGAUGUGGCCGAGGAAAUUAGAAAAAGUCUUAGUGAGGCUAAUACUGCUGAAGAAGCCACGUUGAGAGAAGAAGAGGAACGACUAAGAAGUGCUGCCGAACCGUCGUCGGGUCUUUCGUCGCUUAUGUCGAAUCUAAUUGUGAUUGCAGGCGUCGUGGUGCUUGCGUUUGCAGUUAGAUAUAUGAUCCAUGCUGCACAAGAGCAAGAUUCGCAUUACAAAUAUUUAUUGGCAGCCAUUUCCGUUUGUAUCAUUUGUACCAUAAUAAUCUCCUAUAACUGUUCAUGUGAGUCUGGGAAUGGAUCAUACAUGCCGAAAUUAGCUGCUCAAUCAAAUGUGCCAUCUACCGAAGUGAAACCAGCGCUUCCGGAGACAUUUUUAUUGAUCACCAUCAUGUCUUCUCCGAAUGAAAGUGAAGCAAGAGCGGUCAUACGUGAUACAUGGUUGCGACUAUCACAAAAAGGCCCAACUGUGGUGCAGCAUUGUUUCCCUAUUGGAGCGAAAGGAUUGAGUAAUGCAACUCGACUACAACUUGAAGAAGAGCAAAAAAUUCAUGGUGAUAUCGCAAUAAUAGAGAAUUUGGAAGAGUCGUAUUCGAAUCUCGCUCUCAAAACUUUGAGAACAAUGGAGUAUGCGUAUCAAAGUUUCCGUUUCCAGUAUCUUUUAAAAGUAGACUCUGAUUCAUUUGUGCGUCUAGGAGCUUUCAUCAAGUCACUAAAAGAUAUUCAACAUCCUCGUUUAUAUUGGGGUUUUCUUGACGGCAGAGCGAAACCGUUUCGGAAAGGGAAAUGGCGUGAAUCCGAUUGGAUACUUUGCGAUCGCUAUCUCCCUUAUCAGCUCGGUGGUGGAUACGCUCUUUCAUAUGAACUUGUUCGUUUUCUGGCGCUAAACGCUCGUUUAUUCAAAAUGUAUAAAAAUGAAGAUGUAUCAGUCGGAGCGUGGCUGGCCGGUCUGAAUGUCAAAUAUGUGCAUGAUCCUCGUUUUGAUACGGAAUGGAUAUCGAGGGGCUGUAACAACGAAUACCUUAUAACACAUAAGAAGACGCCCUCUGAAAUGAAGAAACUUUACCAUAAUAUGGUGAAUCGCCGAGUCUUGUGCGAGAAGGAAUAUCGUACUCGCUAUUCAUAUGUUUAUGACUGGACCGCACCACCCAGUCAGUGUUGCCAACGAAUAAACGGAACGAAUAUACCAUAG